AUGAUAUGGGGUGAGCGCAACACCGCCAGCACCGGCGAGACCGCCCUCGGUGAUGGGGAGGCGUGCACCAAUGGAACAAGUACUCACGGCUACGGGAGCAGUGAAGGCUGCGCAUCGUCACAUUCCCCGUACAAUGGCAUUUACAUACGUCCUACAGUCUUCAUGAUCAACGGUAGCGCCACACACCUGAUGAGGACACUGUAUCCCUUCCCGCUUCCCUUUGCUUCACUCUCACAAAGAGACGGAAAAGAGACAGCGUGGUGGGGCUGCCGCAACUCUCAAACCCCGCCCUUGUGGGUGUUGUUCGACUACACUAUGUGCGUUGCGGUGCCUGCCGUUGAACACCUCAACCGUGACAUUAUCGCGUCGGAUAUGCGAAACGAGUUUACAAAUGAGGAGUUAGUAUGUGAGGAUCUUGCCCCGUCAUCACCGACUGCAGCAGCUGCGUGGCGGGCGGCAGCUAAGCACCUGUCUUGCAGCCUCCGCGAGAACCGCCUGUCCGCUCCCUUUGUAGCCACACGUUGUGUGGUUUUGGGUGAACUGGAGCAGAAGCGAGGGACCUCCGCGUACCUCAGAGGUAGUCAAGAUGUGCUUUUAUCUAGUGGCUUCCCACUCUUGCAGGGUGUGGAGGUGGCUUUGCAUGCCAUGCGCCCUGGUGAUGAGUUUGCGUUCUUCGUCCUCAAUCCCAACCCAUGCGAUGAUGACGUAAACAGUUUCGCACGCGACAUGUGUGGUGCACCGCGGUACAUGCACAUCCACAUCAAGCUGCACCGCUGUCUCCUCCCUGAGCCGUACGUACCGCCCGUCUUGCAGAAGUACAUUGUGCGUCUCCCGCCCGCGGCGGUGGAAGAGGUGGCGAUGACGCGAGUGCGCAGCUGGGGAAUGUCGCUCUUUCGCUUCUUCCACCAUGAGUUUUUAUUUAGCCACGCACUGGAGUCGACGCAGCCCGAGGCGGCGCUGUCGGCACGGGCCCGCUGUGCCUUUCUUGUCGCGGUGGUCUCGGCGGCGGGGAACUGUCACUCAGUAGGCCUCCCGCCGCCGCAGCAGAUGCUGAGUGGCGGCCGCCCAAGCGCGGUGUUGACGCAGUUCUACAGCGUCGCUCCGUCUCCCCCCUAUAGCAGAGGAGAGGAAGAGAGGCCUAUCCGGCGCUUCGACCACAGCAAUAGCAACGAAGACCCUUCCGAAAAUGGGAUAAUAUGUGAUGAUGAUGGUGAUGAUAGUGGCUGUAACGGUGGUGACCUGACAGAUGAAGAAGCCUUGACGUUUCUGCGGUUCCGCUUCUUUAGCGUGCCACGCGAUGGUGCGACAGUCUCCUGCAGUGUUGUGCGUGAGGGCCUGCUGGGGGAGAGCGUGCCGCCACCUGAGCAGCCCUCACAUGAUGGCCUCCUUGGUAGCAGGGCGCUGCCGUCAUGGCUGGAUGUGGUGCUACAGACGAUGCAGUGUGGCGAAGAGGCCGUUGUAAAGGUGGACGCCAGGAGUGAGGACGAUGGUGCGUUUCACUUCCUCUUUGCCAGGUCGUUGCAAGAGCUGAUGAAGGCUCAGCUGAGCCUGAUGGAUAAGACCCGACUCUGCUGCAUGAAAAAGGAACGUGACGAGGAAAAGGAGGAGGAGGAGGAGGAGAAGGAAGAAGAAAGGCAGAAGUGGCAGGAGGGGCGGGUGGAGAAACCCCAGGAUUGCGAGGACCUGGAUGGCGUGGCUGGAACCGCACCAUCUCCAUUAGACAUGGACCUUUCUCAAAACAGUUACACCCAGCAGUACGCGCCUACGACCAUCGAUGAGGUGUCGUAUAACAGUUUUCUGCUGCACGAUGACAGCUACCGUGUCGUUCUGGACUCAUUCGCAAAUGUGUACGAUACAGGCGCUUUUUUCUUUGCUGAUCCCGUGGUGUCGCUGCAGGUGGUGCAGCGAUUGCGGCGUGAGGCGCGUGCCCUUGUCACGACGAGGCGGCGGCGCGAUAAUGAGGGCCACACCGCUUCCACCUCCAACUGUGACGUCGAUGCUGAUGCUGAUGCUGAUGAAGCUGAUGUUAAUGCUGAUGAUGACGACGAUAAGGACGCCAAGAAUGAAGAUAGGAGAAGCAGCAGCAGUGGCACACCAGCGUGCGUCACUGCAGAGAUGUGGACAUUUUCUUUCGUGUCGUUCGGACACCUCAGCCGCCGUCCACUAUAUCGUGGUGUGGUGAAGGCGAUUCAGAAGAUGAACUUUGCCGUGCUGCUGUUGUCAUUCAACGUGGAUGAGGAGUGCCUGGUGAAGCGGGGUGUAUCGCCAGAACUCAUGCUGCGGCGUCGCGCUGCGCUGGGCGAUGUGUUUCGGCACCUUUGCAUUCUCUACAUGAAGCUGCCGAAGGACGCGUACGAGCUGGCGGACGAUGCGUAUGCCGCCGCCAUCGCGUAUGCGCCCGAGCACCGCCCGCCGUGUUAUUACCAUGCCAGAGAGCUGUGA